GCGCUCAGCUGCCGCGGCGGUGAUGUAGUUUCCUCGACAACUCCUCGACGAUACCAGUCAGACCUUGAUAUGCAGAAGCUCGUGAGGCAUUCUUGGUCGUUUUUUCUUUACCGAGGCGGUGGUGGGCUGUUCAAUUGACUGAUCAGAUCAAUGCCCAAGGAAUUCCGCGGAUAUGUCUACCCGCUCGAGAUUCCGCAUCUGCAGCACUCUGUCCGUCCGCUCCUUUGUAAAGCUUGAUUUAGUACUAGUGACCCAGCUCUGCAUGCGGUUCCCUGCGAUUGAUUGAUGGCAGGAGCGUGUUUAAAGAUCUCAAUUUCUCGAUCAGAGUCGAGGGUUGGCAAUGUCUUCCGAAUCACUGUCAGAACCCCAGCACGAUGUCAUAUCCCUCCUGAGCUUAACACUUUUUACAGGUAUUUGCUACGGGACUGUACUGACCAUCUACAUCCAGUGCCUAUUUUCGUUGGUCCACAGCCCGAUGCGGCAGGCUCGACUAUUUUUCCUUGGCUAUACAUCCGCCAUGUUUAUUCUUGAAACAUUAUAUGCUGCCGCAAAUUCUCGAAGAAUUUGGAUGACGUUCGUUAUAAAUUGGGGCUCUCGCAUCACUCCAGUGACUCACGAGAUCGAUUUAUGGCGUGACUGGGCUAGCGUAGCAGCAAUGGCGUGCUAUAUCAUCUCCGAAUGGCUGACCGAUGUGCUCAUGCUUGUGCGCUGUGUUAUCGUGUUCCGAAACACGAAAAACAAAAUAUGGCUGAUCCCUAUCCCAUUCAUCGCGUUCCUUGUCGUUAUUGUGACUUCUAUCAAUCUGUUUGUGAAUACAACAAAAGUGUCCAAGUCAAUGGAAGCAAUGACCAAAGCGUAUUGCAUCUUCGUUGUGGUCAAUCUCUCCUUCAAUAUUAUCACGACGUCAUUGAUAACUGCUCGCAUAAUGAUGCACCGUACGAAGCUCAGGAAAUCAACAGGAACUCAUGAUCAUGGGACGGAGUACAUCAGUAUUGUCGCCAUGACCACUGAAUCUUGUAUGAUUUCCGCGAUUAGCUCGAUCGUCUAUCUUAUCCUCUACGCGAUGGAUAACUUUGUUCAAUAUCCAUUCAUGGUCAUUCAGAACCAAAUGCAGGUCAUUGCGCCGUUUGUAUUGAUCUUAAGAAUCAUCCAGGGAAAAUCGUGGACAAGACGGACCGAUGUUGAUAUCGAGGACUUUCCUUCCAGCUUCAGCGGUCCUCAUCUUGAUGCGCAUUCUUCUGAGGCGUCCACUCUUGUGUUCGCUCACAGAAUUUUAAAUUACCACGAAAUAACUCCAUCACGAGCCUAACAUACUGUUACACGUAUGUAAUGUACAGAACUGUUACAGUAUUCACACAGCCGUUAGCUAGACUUUCGUCAUGGACUGAUUUCUGCAAGCGGCAGAGCAGAAGUAAUCUA